CUUGAACUGCUGGAUCUGCAAAAAAAUUUCCUCGUGACCUCCUCUCCUCAUCUUAUAUCCCUUCACUUUCACUUGGGAAAUGAUAUUUGGUUCAGAACGUCAACAACACAAGAUACUCAGAAAGAAUCAUCAAAUGGAAGAAGGAUCUUCACACGAGAUCACAUCCCCUCUCCUAUCUAACAAGGAGGAAGAAUUAGAAGAUGAGAAAAAUGAAGAAGAUGUUGUUGAGAUUGAUGAGAAUGAGAACUCGCCCAUCAAACAAGUGGCCUUAACGGUUCCAACAACCGACGACCCUUCUCUCCCUGUCCUCACAUUCCGAAUGUGGGUGCUGGGGACUCUCUCAUGUGUCCUCCUCUCAUUCCUCAACCAGUUCUUCUGGUACCGCACUGAGCCCCUCACCAUCACCGCGAUCUCUGCUCAGAUCGCGGUGGUGCCAUUGGGUCAGCUCAUGGCUGCAAAAAUCACCACACGCACCUUCUUCAGAGGCACACGCUGGGAAUUCACAUUGAACCCUGGUCCAUUCAAUGUCAAGGAGCAUGUCCUGAUCACUAUCUUCGCAAACUCCGGCGCUGGCACCGUCUACGCCAUUCAUGUUGUUACUGCUGUCAAAGUGUUCUAUCAAAAGCACAUCUCGUUUUUUGUUUCUUUGCUCGUAAUCUUCACAACUCAGGUAUUAGGUUUCGGAUGGGCUGGCAUAUUUAGAAGGUAUCUGGUGGAGCCAGCGGCAAUGUGGUGGCCAGCAAAUUUAGUUCAAGUUUCACUCUUCAGGGCCUUGCACGAGAAGGAGAAAAGGACAAAGGGAUCGUUAACACGAUCACAAUUCUUCGUUGUGGCAUUCUUGUGCAGCUUUGCCUACUACGUCUUCCCUGGCUACCUUUUCCAAAUGCUGACCUCUCUGUCUUGGAUAUGCUGGAUAUUCCCCCACAAUGUUUUAGCCCAACAGCUUGGGUCAGGCCUAUAUGGGCUUGGCAUCGGUGCUGUUGGGCUUGACUGGUCUGCCAUCUCAUCCUACCUCGGAAGCCCACUCGCGAGCCCGUGGUUUGCCACAGCCAACGUGGCAGCCGGGUUUGUGUUUGUGAUGUAUGUUCUGACUCCACUGUGCUAUUGGCUCAAUGUGUAUGAUGCCAAAACGUUCCCAAUUUUCUCAGAUGAUCUUUUCAAGUCGAAUGGUCAGAUUUAUAACAUUACAGAGAUAAUAGACUCCAAUUUCCAUUUAGACUAUGCAGCAUAUGAGCGACAAGGGAAGCUCCACCUUAGCACUUUCUUUGCCAUGACCUAUGGUGUUGGCUUUGCUGCACUUACCGCUACCAUUGUACAUGUUGGUCUCUUUCACGGAAGAGAAAUAUGGGAGCAAAGCAAAUCAAGUUUUAAGGAAAAAACCAUGGACAUCCACACCAAGCUCAUGUCAAGGUACAAACAGGUUCCUGAGUGGUGGUUUGUGUGCAUACUCAUCGCAACCAUUGCAAUUACCAUCUUUACUUGUGAAUAUUACAACGAUCAGUUGCAGUUGCCUUGGUGGGGUGUUCUUCUGGCUUGUGGCAUUGCUAUCUUCUUCACUCUCCCCAUUGGAAUUAUAACUGCAAUCACCAAUCAGACUCCAGGAUUGAACAUAAUCACAGAGUACAUCAUAGGGUAUAUCUACCCAGGAUACCCUGUAGCUAACAUGUGCUUCAAGGUUUAUGGUUACAUUAGUAUGACUCAAGCCAUUACUUUCUUGCAAGACUUCAAACUUGGCCACUACAUGAAAAUCCCUCCCAGAACCAUGUUCAUGGCACAGGUUGUGGGGACGUUUAUUGCUGGUUUUGUAUACCUGGGAACUGCAUGGUGGUUAAUGGAAACCAUCCCAGACAUAUGCAAAGACACAUCCUCUGUUUGGACAUGUCCAAGCGACACAGUAUUCUACGAUGCAUCAGUUAUCUGGGGUUUGAUAGGGCCUCGAAGAAUAUUUGGAGACUUGGGCACAUACUCGAAAGUGAACUGGUUCUUCCUGGGUGGAGCAAUUGCUCCAUUCCUUGUCUAUGUUGCUGCAAAAGCCUUCCCACAACAAGAGUGGAUCAGACUCAUCAACAUGCCGGUGUUGAUAGGCGCUACCGGAAUGAUGCCGCCGGCAACCACGGUGAAUUAUACGAGCUGGAUCAUUGCUGGGUUCUUCUCCGGGUUUGUUGUGUAUAGAUACAGGCCAGAGUGGUGGCAGCGUCACAAUUAUGUGCUCUCUGGGGCCUUGGAUGCGGGUCUUGCAUUCAUGGGGGUGCUUUUGUAUCUUUGCCUUGGAUUGGAGGAUGUUAGUAUCAAUUGGUGGGGGAAUGACCUUGAUGGUUGUCCCUUAGCUCAUUGCCCUACGAAGAAAGGAUUUGCGGUUGAAGGUUGUCCCAUUUUCACUUGACUAAAAUGAAAUUAAGCUUAAACAAUGCUAUAGACAUUCUAAAUUCAUCCUGUGAACUUAUUCUUGUAAAAUGUGUAUAUUUCCCAAUUUAUCAUUAGUAAUUAAUAAGAUAUGCAGAUAUAAGCAUGUUAUUAUACAAACUUAAAAAUGCUGAUUGUGUUUUAAACAGCAGUCAUGCUCUUAAUAAAUGUCCAAUAGUAAAAUGUUAGAAUGUCA